AUGGCGCGUCUUACACAGUACAACUAUGUCUUCGCCAUUGGCACUUUCUUUGCCAUGCUCGAUGCAUACAACAACGGUGCCAACGAUGUUGCCAACGCAUGGGCUACCUCCGUGUCUUCUCGCUCGGUCUCCUACCGCCAGGCCAUGAUUCUGGGUACCAUCUUCGAGAUGGUCGGUGCCAUCACCGUUGGUGCUCGUACCGCUGAGACGAUCAAGAAUGGCAUUAUCCCUCCCAAUGCUUUCAAGGACGAUGCCGGUGUUCAGAUGCUCGCAUUCACUUGUGCUCUCGCUGGUGCCUCCAUGUGGGUUAUGUGGUGCACUAAGCACUCCGCUCACGUCUCAUCGUCUUACUCGCUUAUCUCUUCCGUCGCUGGUGUUGGUGUCGCCGUUGCUGGUGCUGCCAACGUACAAUGGGGUUGGAACAAGGGCAAGGGUCUUGGUGCCAUCUUCGCAGGUCUCGGAAUGGCACCUGCCGCUUCUGCCUGCUUCGGUGCCAUCAUCUUCAUGCUGAUCAAGAUGACCGUCCACGUCCGCAAGAACCCCAUUCCAUGGGCCAUCUGGACUGCACCUUUCUUCUUCCUCGUUGCUGGAACCAUUUGCACACUUUCUAUCGUCUACAAGGGAUCGCCCAACCUCGGUCUCAACAAGAAGCCCGCGUGGUAUGUCGCAACCGUCACCAUGUCUUGCGGUGUCGGUCUAGCCUUCCUAUCCUUCCUCUUCUUCGUCCCUUACCUACACGCCAAGGUUGUGAAGCGCGACCACACCGUCCGCUGGUACCACGUCUUCCAAGGCCCUCUUCUCUUCAAGCGUCCCGCCCAGGAUGGCGUCGAGGCUGCCGUUGUUCCCGACUAUGCCGUCGUCCAGGAGGAUGAAGAGAUGAAGAAGCCCGAGCAGAACAACGACUCCGAAGAGGGCAUCACCGUCCACGACCACGAGAAGAUGGCCAUCUCCACCGACAUCGCCGAGCACCAACAACCCAGCUACAAGGAGCUCGUCGCCCAAGGCCAAGAGCGCUUCCACUCCAAGCUCCGCGCCAAGAAGGGACCUCUCGGCUGGGCCAUGCGCUACCUCCACGAGAACAAGAUCCAAACGGGCGAGAUCUACGAAAAGAAGAACAUGCUCAUCACCCUCAAGCGUAUCCCCGCCAUGCUCGUCGUCGGCGCCCUCUACGGCGUAAACUACGAUAUCCACGCUGCGCAAACUGGUAUCCACGGCACACCCGAAGGCCGCCGCAUGGAGCGCGUCUACAGCCACGCAAAGAAGUACUCCAACGAAGUCGAGCACACCUACUCCUUCGUUCAAGUCCUCACCGCCUGCACCGCCUCCUUCGCCCACGGCGCCAACGACAUCGGAAACGCCGUCGGCCCCUGGGCCGUCAUCUACGGCGCGUGGAACACAGGAAAAGCCUCGCAGUCCAAAGCAUCCGUGCCUGUCUGGCAACUCGCCGUCCUCUCUGCUACACUCUCCCUUGGCCUUGUUACUUACGGUUACAACAUCAUGAAGGUCAUGGGUAAUAAGAUUACUUAUCACUCGCCUAGCAGAGGUUGCUCCAUGGAGAUGGGUGCCGCGCUUACGGUGCUUAUCUUCUCGCAGUACUCGCUUCCUGUUUCGACGUCCAUGUGUAUUACCGGUGCGACGGUUGGUGUGGGUCUUUGCAAUGGUACGCUCAAGGCUGUUAACUGGCAAAGAGUGGGGCUUUUGGUGUUUUCGUGGAUUAUGACUAUUCCCAUUGCGGGGACUAUCGGUGGUGUUUCUUGCGCUAUUGUUCUUAACGCUCCUCACUUCGGUUGA